UUCUCAUCUCUCUCUUUUACCUUCUCCUAUGAAUAAUACCUUCAUAUUUCUGCCUUCUCAAAAAUUUAAACAAUUUUAUUAUAACAUCUACUCUUCUGCAUCUACUACCGGUAGACCUAGCUUCUUUCAUUGCCCAUAUCUCCAUUGAUCAGCAAUUUAUAGAAAGGGAGUGGCUUGGAUUUUUUGAGGACGAUAAGAUGUUCUUCUAAGAUGGGGGCUUUCUAUAAGUGACAUUUUGAUAAGAUGAUAAACAUAGGACAGCCAAGUGGGGUACUCAGAAAGACAAAUGAGUUGUCUACUGAGUUGUUGUUUCCGAUUUCAGCUGAAUAUUCAACAUUACUGCCAAAUAUCUGAUUCCAUGUGGAUUCUUAAGAUCCGCAAGCUUUGUGUCUCUCAGUACAUGUGGGCACUAGAGAAGUAGUACUGAAAUGGCAGCAGCGUGUUGUUCGCAUAUUAAUGUGAACAAGAGAAAUUUCACUAAAAAAUAUCUUCUUCGACUGUAGUUUAGAGGCAUAGGUUCAAUGAUCAAGUUCUUGAAACCUUAUGUCGAAAUCGAUUGCAACUAUAGUUGGAGGUGCUACAGGAGCACUUGUUUUAAUGGCAAUAUUCGUCGGACUUGUGUGGUUCUGCAAGUCACAGUCUAAAAAUUCUUCAAACAAGAAUUCAGAGACGGGCUCCUCAGAUCCAUCUGCAUUUGUUGAGUGGAAUAGAGAGGCAGGACCCAGUUCAGCCAGAGACCAGCCUCAAUUUGGACCUGAUGGAGCAACGCAUUUCACAAUGGCAGAGUUGGGGCAAGCCACCAGGCACUUCAGUGAAAGUAGUCUCAUUGGCCAUGGAAGCUUCGGGCCAAUAUAUAAGGGCUUGCUUCGUGACACUGUGGUUGCCAUCAAAAGGCGCCCUGGUCCUCCUCGACAAGAAUUUGUUAGAGAGGUUAAUUACUUGUCAGAGAUUCGGCACCGGAAUUUGGUUACUCUUCUCGGUUAUUGUCAGGAGGGUGGAUCUCAAAUGUUGGUAUUUGAAUAUUUACCAAAUGGCAACAUGUGCAAUCAUUUAUAUGAUACUGGUCGAGAGUCAUCUACUAAACUGGAGUUCAAACAGAGGUUAUGCAUAGCUCUGGGGGCUGCUAAAGGUUUAUGCCAUUUGCAUAGUCUAAGACCUCCCUUGCUGCACAAGAACUUUAAAAUGGCGAAUGUAUUGGUUGAUGAGAACUUCAUUGCUAAAGUUGCUGAUGCUGGAGUCUCAACACUACUAGAAAAAAUACAAGAAGCAGCUCCAUCCCACAUGACUGAUGUCAAUGUUUUCAGAGAUCCAGAGCUAGAAGAACCAGGAGCCUUCAUGGAAACGAGUGACGUUUACAGCUUUGGGGUGUUUCUUUCUGAGCUUGUAACCGGACAUGAGGCUUCUCAUAUAGCCUCCUUAGGAUCUUAUGAAGCCAUAAUUGAAUGGGUCCGAUCAAGAUUGAGUUUAAAUGAUUUUGUGGACGGCCGACUGGUGGGAACUUUCACAACGGAUGGAAUGAGGGACUUGAUCAGGUUGACUCUUCAAUGCAUGAGCUCUCCUGGAAGAAAAAGACCCAGAAUGGAAAAGGUCAUGUUUGAGCUUCAACGGAUUCAUGAGAAAGAAAUGGCACUAACAACAGUAAUGGGCGAGGGAACUGCAACAAUAACUCUAGGAAGUGAGCUAUUUACUUCAAAAUGAAGCCACAUUUACAUGGUGCCUGUGUUUGAGCCAAGCUUAAGCAUAAAAACACCAGCAACAAUUUGAUUAUAAAUAUCAUUUUGUAAGAGUUAAUGGGUUCCUGUAAAGGGAUUAAAUAAUGAACAGAAACAAGCAGACCCCAUACAGAUCUUCUGAGUUUCAAGAGACAAGCAAAUUCAGUAGAAAGAUUUGGUCUUGAUUGCUCUUCA